AUGGGAUUCUAUGGACUACUCACUAUUAUAAGUCAAUGGUUUUGGUACUUAAUGAUGAGAAGAAGACUUGUGGAGAGAAAUGCUUGUUCAAUGGUUAGUGGACUACUAUGCAUCAUCGUACUAAUAACUUUUACAAUAUCAGGCAUAUGCAUCAUAGCAUUGUCCAUAAUUGAUUUAAAAACUAAUAAUGCAACACAUUAUAACUUAUGUCUAAUGAAUUUCUAUUGUCACCUGGGUUCGAUUCCACUGGGUGCUCUGCUUGUUUCAUAUUCUUUUCGUUCAUGGAAAUGGUUUUCCUUGGCUAGAAUUAUUGUUUGGAUUCAGAUGAUUCUUGGUGCAUAUUAUUUCGUAUAUUUCAAUGAGAUUGGACGCUUAAUUGUGCACGCGGAGGACUUCUACUAUAUAAAAAAACAUGAGGUGGUAAGUCAAGUAAUAUGUACAGGUUGA